UCAACCUUUAUGAAUGUAUCAACAUUUGCAAAAUAAAAAAGUUGUGGAGGAGGAAGAAAAACAAAAACCAGGAUGCACUGAGGUCUGAGGUGAAGGUCCUAGGAGCAUCAGUUCUCUGUUGGGAUCAAGGUUGCUGGGACAGAGCUUGAUCCCUGUCAACUGCUAAAACAAUCCAGGACAAUCCAAUAGUAGAGCUGAAUUUUGAUUACCUUGGUCCUGAGCUUCACAGCCCUUUGGCAGAGGAAAUCCUGUGACACUGAGGUGUAACCACAAGACUGGCCCAAACUGACCCUAUUCUGUUGGUAACAGGAGGUACAGCAGAGCCAAAACUGAAAGUCAUGUAACCCGGACAUGCACAAAGGAGGAAAAUCGUAACUCGGAACCAACGUUUCCUCCCUGUGGAGCCAAGAAGACAGGGACAUGACCGGAGCUUGAGGGGCGGAACGCUUUCAGAAAGGAAGGGUCCAUCAUCCUGGAAGAUCUGGUGCUGAAACCUGCCAUUCCACACCUUACCAUAAAUGGCCAAGUUUAAAGCCCUCCUAUUGAAACCUGCCCGCCAGCACUUCUGUGUGCCAACCUGUCCUCCCUAACCCAUCGAGUUUGACCUAAGCCCACAUGUGGGAGCCACAUUUGAGCCAUGCCUCCGGUCUCCUUGGCCGUCGACCUUGAAAUAAUAAAGCCUUCUCUUUUCCCAAAAACUGGUGCCACAGUUUUGGCUUCUAGUGCGCCAGGCAACGGGCCCAUUGCUCGAAACGCGCGUGGUGGAUGGAGGCUCCGUGAAGCGCGAACCCCUGCCCGCAAGGGCUGCUGUGAAGUUCGCUGAAGCGUAGCACAGACUUGGCGUUUGCCUGGUGCGCGGCAAUUACGGAAUUAUCGCCACAUCCUCCCGGCCUCCGCUUCCAACAGCACGGGCCGGGCACUCGCUUCAAGCCUACCCCCUAACCUUAAGCCUUCCCCGCCGCCCCCACGCAGCCCCCAGCCCCGCCCUGUGGGGAAGCCUCUUGAGAGUCUGGGCCCGCCCACGCGCCCAAUGGACGACGCGGACCUGACCCUCGGCAGUGGGGCCAGCAGAAGGUGGACUAGGCGUCAGCCUUCCCGUCCCCUGACACCGCUCCAGACCAGCCCCACCCUCCCUGCCGCGGCUGUCAGGUCCUGGGCUGUGCCCGAAGCCUCCACACGGGUGUGGCCCGCGCCCUCGUUAAGGCCCGCCCCUCUCCCCCAGGUGCGCGGUGUAAACACACCAAAAAGCAAACACCAGGGCCGAGUGGGCGACGGAGACGGUCGCUGUUCAGUGACGCCCCCUGUCGGGAGCACGCCGGGCCGGACACAGCGAAGAGCGGCUGCGCCUCGGACCUCGCAGCACUCAGCCUCCUAAGUGGGAGGAAUAACCUCACGCAAGUCAUCAAACAAGAGGACUUCAGUGUUGCAACGAAGGAAGAGAAAGGGCCCCUGAGAAGGCGACAUUCGCACUGCAGCGGCGCAGGGACCAGCCAGGCGGCUGAGGGCAAGGUCGUCCCCAGCAGCGGGAACCGCAAGGACAAAAGGCUCGGAGGGGGGAACGAGCUCGAGUUCCAGGACGGCCGAAGCCAGCGCAAGUCGAGGAGGGACUGCGGGGCCGGUAGGGGUGUCCUCCACAGGGCGACGGCGGCAGGAGCUCGGGAACCGGGACUGCGAGCGGCCCCAUAGGCUCCUUCAAUUUCCGUGAUCCUCGGAGUCCCCAGGAGACCAGGUGAUGGCAGCAGCCAGACUCCUGCCAGUGCCGGCAGGACCCCAGCCCCUGUCGUUCCAGGCCAAGCUGACCUUCGAGGAUGUGGCUGUGCUCCUCUCCCAGGAUGAAUGGGACCGCCUGUGCCCUGCUCAGAGGGGCCUCUACAGAAAUGUGAUGAUGGAAACCUAUGGGAAUGUAGUCUCAUUGGGACUUCCAGGAUCCAAGCCUGACAUAAUCUCCCAGCUGGAGCGAGGGGAAGAUCCCUGGGUCCUGGACAGGAAGGGGGCUAAGAAGAGCCAGGGCCUGUGGAGUGACUACUCAGACAACCUCAAAUAUGACCACACUACAGCCUGUACACAACAAGACAGUUUAUCUUGUCCAUGGGAAUGUGAAACCAAGGGAGAGAGUCAAAAUACAGACUUGAGUCCGAAGCCAUUAAUUUCAGAGCAAACAGUGAUUCUGGGGAAAACACCCUUGGGGAGGAUUGAUCAAGAAAAUAAUGAAACAAAGCAAAGCUUCUGUCUGAGUCCAAACUCUGUUGACCACCGCGAAGUUCAGGUCUUAAGCCAAAGCAUGCCACUCACUCCGCACCAGGCAGUGCCUAGUGGAGAGAGGCCCUACAUGUGUGUUGAGUGUGGGAAGUGCUUUGGCCGGAGUUCCCACCUCCUUCAGCAUCAGCGUAUCCACACUGGAGAGAAGCCCUAUGUGUGCAGUGUAUGUGGGAAGGCCUUCAGCCAGAGCUCAGUCCUUAGUAAACACAGGAGAAUUCACACAGGUGAGAAGCCCUAUGAGUGUAAUGAGUGUGGAAAAGCCUUUAGAGUGAGCUCAGAUCUUGCUCAGCAUCACAAGAUACAUACAGGAGAGAAGCCUCACGAAUGUCUUGAGUGUCGGAAAGCCUUCACUCAACUCUCACAUCUCAUUCAGCACCAGCGGAUCCACACGGGAGAAAGGCCAUAUGUGUGUCCGUUGUGUGGGAAAGCCUUCAACCAUAGCACUGUUCUGCGGAGCCACCAGAGGGUACACACUGGGGAGAAGCCUCACAGGUGCAGUGAGUGUGGGAAAACCUUCAGUGUGAAGAGGACACUGCUGCAGCACCAGAGGAUCCACACCGGGGAGAAGCCCUACACGUGCAGCGAGUGUGGGAAGGCCUUCAGCGACCGCUCAGUCCUCAUUCAGCACCACAACGUGCACACCGGGGAGAAGCCCUAUGAGUGCAGUGAGUGUGGGAAGACCUUCAGCCACCGCUCCACACUGAUGAAUCACGAGCGGAUCCACACCGAGGAAAAGCCCUAUGCAUGCUACGAAUGUGGGAAGGCCUUCGUUCAGCACUCACACCUGAUCCAGCACCAGAGAGUCCACACUGGGGAGAAGCCCUACGUGUGUGGUGAAUGUGGGCACGCCUUCAGUGCACGCCGGUCUCUGAUCCAGCAUGAGAGAAUCCACACAGGUGAAAAGCCCUUCCAGUGCACAGAAUGUGGCAAAGCCUUCAGCCUGAAAGCAACUCUGAUUGUGCACCUGAGGACCCACACGGGCGAGAAGCCAUAUGAGUGCAAUAGCUGCGGGAAGGCCUUCAGCCAGUACUCAGUGCUCAUCCAGCACCAGCGGAUCCACACAGGCGAGAAGCCCUAUGAGUGCGGGGAGUGUGGGCGUGCCUUCAACCAGCAUGGCCACCUAAUCCAGCACCAGAAAGUGCACAGAAAGUUGUGACCCAUGGCUGACACAAGAAUCCAUUCUCACAGAAACUGCAUGUGGAACCACAAGCAGCCUUCAGCCCAAGAGAAGUCUCUGUUAACUCUAUAGGAAGCUUUUCUUUGGCGAUUCAGUGUCACAAAAUAACUCCAGAAAGAAGCACUUAGCGUGCUGUUCCUGUGGAAAAACUUCAGAGACUACCUGUUUUAUUUUCCUCAACAUCUUGAAGUUAUGUUGGAGAGUAAUCAUACAAUUGUAGAGAAUUUUGGUAAAAAACAGCCAUAAUUCUUUAACAUUAGUUUAUUUGAACUAAGGGAAUUUAAGGCAUAAGAACCAUUAUCCCAAUAAAAUCUUACGUUCCAAAUAAAGUUCUUUUUCUAAGAACA